UUGCAAUUACUGCUCCUAUAUACAGAGCUCUCUCUCUCUCUUUCUCUCUCUUUCUCUCCGUCUCUCUCUGUGCGUCUCUCAGCAGCUUUAUUUGCCUGCUCUGUGUGUGUUUCCUGGUCUGCGAUGUUCCUGUAUGCAAAUCCCACCACACACCGUGAGCUCCAGCGUACUAAUGCAGGAACUGACAAAGAAAAAGAAGGAGAGAAAGAAAGGAAGCAGUAGAAACGGUUCAGUUGGAUAUGUAGAGGGAGGAAGCAACAGUUCAGGAAGGCGUGAUGGAGCGUCAGGUACGCAGGACACGCGCUGAGCCACGGGCCGAGUGAUGGAGCAUCUGUACUGGGGGAAGAUCAGACCAGCAGGAGUAGCAGCAGCGACACAGCUGCCCGACUGAUUCGUCAGGUUUCUGCCCUUCACACCAUCACUGUUCUCCCUCGUCCAGCCAUGGAGCAAUCUCCUUAUGCGCCAGAUGACCAGGGUGCAUCCUCGGGGCCAUCGUCAGACGUCCGUGAGGUUCCGGCGUACAGUAGCGACGACCUCCCCGAGCUGGAGUGUGCCGUGUGUUUUAGUCAGUUCAACAACGUCUUCAACACGCCCAAGGUGCUGCAGUGCGGCCACACGUUCUGCCUGGAGUGCCUCGCACGCAUAAACGUGAAGUCGUCACAGCCUGAGAGCCUGCAGUGUCCUCUGUGCAGGGCGUACACCCCUCUGCCCACCCUCGGCCUGCCCAAGCUGGACACGGAUACGACGGUGCUGUCCUGCCUCCCGGACACCAUGCAGCACGUCUACAGCAUCCGCUUCAAUCGCGGCAAAGGCAAGCUGCAGAUCAAGCGCGUUCCCAGCUCCGUACCGGCUUCCUUGAACAACCAGCGCCGCAGCCUGGACCUGGGGCCAGCCAUCACGGUAGAGGAGGACCAGGACACGCAGAGCGGCUCAUGCCCGUCCUUCAGACAGCUCAUGAGGAUCCCCUCGUGCAGGGCUUUCGUCAUGGUGUCCGGCGUGCUCAUCAUGGUCUCGCUCACCAUCGGCAUCAGCAUCAUCCUCUCAAGUCCCAAGUGACAUCAUGGAGUCAUGGGGCCGGGGAUUUAGGGCCGCGGAUUGAUUUUAUUCUGUAAUAUUAUUUAUAAUCUGUGCUGGGCCUUGUGGACUAAAGCUAAUAGGGGAAAGGCAUGGGACACGUUCUGUCCACUUAUUACAGCAGGAGAGACAAUCACACACUACGUCUCGCAUCUUGAUGAUUCAGUCUUGCUCCUGAAGGCUAUUCCCUGAUCCCUCACUGGUGGAACCAUCAAACCCAGCAGGACCUCAUCUCCUUUAUAAAGACUUUAAAAUGGCUCGAGGAGUGUGACACCAUCACGUACGCUGGCGUAUUUCUUCUUGAAACUUGACAGCGGUGAGGAAGUGUGUCAAACACUAUGCAUCAUGCAUCACACUGCCUUUGAUCGGUACCAUGUUUUGGAUCAGUACUGGGCUCAUUAAUUAGCUUUUCCCUGUCACAGUGAGAAGAUCAGGAAAAGAGGGAUAUUUAACAAGCUUGCUGGUCAACUCUCUCAGUCUCUCUCUCUCUCUCUGUCACACACUAACACACUAAUGUACUUUGAUAUACUCAAUACUUGCUUGUGGUAGGGAGGUGCUCAGCCACAGCUACACCAUGUCUAAUGUGCACGUACUGCUGUUCUAGAGCGUCGUAUUUAGCAUAAUCGAACACGCAACUGGGUUUCAUCGGUUCCUCUACACUAACUUUUUUUCUCCAUGGCUUCUCCUGCACGUCUACUGCUAAAGCGAGCGAGACCCGAAGCUCUCGGCACUGUCAGUAUGAUGAUCUAUUACCUUCACACAUAUUCAAAUAUUAUUUUUAUAACAGUGUGUAUUCCUGUGCUAUCAUGUCUUCCUGUCAUUACUUGAUGUCCUCCAUCAGAUUUGCACUUUUAGCUGCCAAGCAGGCUAACUGUAAAAAGCAGCGUCA